GAGGCGGGUAAAGAUGUAAACAGUGACCUAUGCUGAUGGAUGCUUUUAGUUUGCUAGCCUGGUAGAUUUAAUUGUCUCGCCUUUCUAUCACAUAAAACUACAGUGAUAGUCCAUUGUUUCUCUUAGUGCCUUCUCCCGACAGCUUAUUUACUUCGGCAGCGGUUAAACGCUUGAUGGAGGAUUACGACACGUUUGUACAGCAUUGUAUUUCCCUGAGAAAAAGAGAAGAAGAAGACAAGAAGGAUUUAUCUUCAUCCUCUCACAUCCGAUUCUAUGGACGACCCAUCCUCCCUCCCCUGCUCUCAGGGGAACAGAGAGAGGAGAUGCGGAGAUACAGAGAUGCAGCACAGAAAGCUGCUGUCUGCAGGAAGAAAAAGGAUGAUGCAAGGAUGGCCUAUGUGCAAACUAUCCUACGCAGUGUUCAACUGAGAAAGACGCCAACUUUGGAGGAGUUACUUCAAGAAUCAGAGAUUGACCCAAAAUUUUCACAUCUGCAUAAAACCGAAGAUGGAUCAGUGUCCCAACGCAGUCAUUUCAUGGAGACAAACAGUAGUUUUUUAUCCUUCCCAACACCCAACAGUGAAGAAAAGGAUGUUGUUCCUCUCCCUCCAUUUACAUCAACCACAUAUAGUGCCUUUCUCACCUCUAACGUGACGCCUCAGGAGGAGAGAUGCCUUAUGGAUCCACCUUUUAGCCAAUAUAGAUCACAGCCAAGUUUCUUUGAUGGUGUUAGCCACCAGUCCUCAGGUUAUGUGACCUACCAGAAUGUUGAAAACACCACCAGUGUCUCUGGAGAGAUCGAUGCUGGCAGAGAAAGCAUGGGUUGCUUUUUCCUUCACAGCAACUCAAACACAAUCGCCAAAAUGCCAGAUAUUAUUAGCUACCCUCCCAUAGAUGGAGAGGAGCUGGAGAGAAGUGGACUUGAAUCAUCCUUUUGCAAAGACUUUGAAGACAUACAAGACGUUUGUUGUGCCACACUCCAGGAGGAUUCAGUCAUGUGUCAGAAUGUAGAGGGAGGAAAAUCAGAGAGCAGUCGUGAAAACAGCACAGAGGGUGAAGCUAACCUUUCUGUUGCAACAAUAUCGAACCGUAAUGUUAAAGAUUCUGGCAAAAUGGGGGGUCAGGUCCCUACAUCAGAAUACACUGACAAUCUACAGCCAUCACAGACAUGUAGGGCUCCUCUUUAUCCAACAACAGAGCUGCAUAUUCAGCAUGACCACACAGACUCAGAAGAAGGCGGUAAAGAAGAGCCACCAGAGGAGCCUUAUCGUCUGAGCCUCCAAGCCCUGCUGAAGAAAUCUCAGGAGUAUCGGCGGCGCCAACGGAUGCUUAGGAACCAAGCCAAAAACAGUAAAAUUCAGGAGAGGGCCCAAGAACAGCCAAGAGCGAGGGUGGAGGAGGCGAGCCUCUCUGAUAAGGAGAAUGACGAGUUCCCUCACAAGGGCAGGUUGAAAGCAGAGGAGAAGAAAAGCAAGGAUAGGAGAGGUGCUUUAAUUCAGUCAGAGGAAACAUUACCAAAGAAAUCCUGGGAACAUGAUAGGAGGAUUGAGAGUGAGCUUUUUGAGGAACAGAUUGACUAUAAAACUGCAAGCACAACUUCAACAGAAGAUCAUUAUACUAAGGAAAUGAUAGGUGUUGAGGAAGAAAUAUUAAAUAAUAAGUUGGAUAUUUCACAAGAACUUCCAACUGGUUCUAAACAAAUCAGCGUCUCACCUGUUCAGGAAACCAUUUGUUUCACCCCAAGUCCCUCAACAUUUCAUAAAGGAGGAGGUACAUAUAAAAAUAUCCCAGCACCAAAUUUCUGCAGGAGUCCUAGUCGCUGCAAAAACAAAAGCAGUGCCCAAGCUGAAGAAGCUGAUCCUGGGUUAGGGAGCUUAAAUGUUGUAAAUGAUGAACCCCAACACAACCACACAAAAGUCUCCUCAGCACUGAAUAACAGAAAUAAAAAGGAUUUACCUUGUGGUUCUCUCAAGAGUUCACAACACAUAGACCAGCUUGAGUCCAACCUGUCUGGUCUUAAAAUCAUAAUCUCAGAUCUAGCGUCUACACUGACAGAAAACUUCAGAAAUCAGAGUCUAACUGAGAGCGAACACACGCAUAGUGAUAAUGAAGGUGGCAAAGACGCAGAGCAAGACCAAAGUGAGCAGCUGAGAAGACAAUCAUUUGAUAGUGUGCUUGAAGAUACAGGCUCUAUUCAGUGUGGUGUUAGUAACAAGGAUGAUGAUCCUGUCAUAUCGGAGGAAAGGGGAACAGAGGAGGUGAACUUAAGCGAGCUCAGGCUUUUCAAAACUUUAGCUUUAGAGAGAGGAAAGGAGAAAGGUUCAUGGAAAGAUGAACUAACAAAGAGUUAUGGACAUCAUGGUGGCACAAGAAAGCAGCAGCCCACAGCGAAAUGCCUCCUCUCUGUAACACAGCGCCAACGGAUUCCUGACAUGUUCAGAAAUGUUGCCUCUGAACCUUCAGCAUGCAAAACCUUAGUGUUGACAGACACCAGUAACCAUCCAGUGGAGAAAAGAAAUGAGGCAGCUGAAGAUGGUCACAACUCAACCCGCUUACCAUCUUUUAACGAGUCAUAUGACGUGGACACUCCAUCUGGCCUGUGGCUCCGAGAAGGGUUAGAUUCCAACUUAGGCGCUGGGGGUCAUCUUAUUGAGGAAAAACACCUGACUCCAGAGAGUGAGGGUGAAGGUCAAGGCGGAGUGUCCAAGGUCAAGCGCAGGCUGCUCAUGCACAUGACAGAAGAGACGGAAGAAAGAAGCUCAGAUGUCAUUAAAGGAGCAGGCUCUGAGUUAAGACCAAACUCCAGCACUCCUAGAGCUGCAGUGCACUGGAGUGAAGGCCACAGCGGUCUCAAAGACAGACAGGAGCAACUGAAACAGGCCCAUGCUGCUCAGGUCAAAGCUCUGCAGGAUGAGCAUAGGAGACAGCAGGAGGAACUAUUGCAGGCGUUGGCUGUGCGUUUCCGCCUCCUCCAGAGCAUGUCCUUCCCCUGCUCCAUGUCCAGCUCACGUCUUGGGGACACGCUGACCUUUACAAGCCUCUCUCAGCCCUCUAGCACACUUUCAGAGCGCUGCCGCCCCCUGCUGUUAGCCGCUGUGAAAGGUUUUCUGACUCGGAGGCUGAUGAAGACCGAGAGAGUAGCGCAGCUGGCGCGCACCAUCAGGGAUACAAAGCAGCUCCUGCAGGCCCUCCAGCAGCAGCAGAGCCCUGGCAGAGGGGAUUUCAGCAAAAGACAGGACCUGUUGUUGCAGCAUAGAGCCGCUCUGCAGCUGCGUGCAGCACGUUACGAGGUCAAUGACAUAUUCUUCAGCCUGUCAGCCAGAGAGAGGAUGCAGCUGAUCAGCUCGGACCGAGAGCUGGUCAGAGAGAGAGAGCUCAGACAACAGAGUGGGCAUUUAGGCCACCCCAGAGGAAAGAGUUCGCUAUCGGCUGCAACACAGAAAUCCCUGGAGAGGAAGAAAGAAAUUAUGAUGCAAAAAAAAGCUGCUGAGAGGAACAGAGGAGUUGUGGCGAGGACUAGACGCAUCACUGGACCCUGUGCUGAGCAGCCAGUGGAAACGAAGCGAGGACAGUUUAAGGCAAAUCCUCAGAGGGUCCCAAAGACUUACUCCUCUAGACCGCGAUGACACUCCCCUAAUUGGCCCCAGAAAGCACCUUAAAGCCUCCAGCCAUUACAUGAAUAUUGUACAGCUUAUUAUUGACUUAUCAAAUCCAAAUUUGACACUAGAGGCGGCUUGCUGCUGGUGUGCUGUCACAUUUUUUUACACUCUACAACCAGAAUGUAGCGUAGUUCCAGCAGAGCCUUUUUCUCAUAUAAAACAGAGAAGUUUUAGAGUGAAGAGAUACUUAAGCAGGGAUACAACAACGCCACAGUCGCUAACACAUACCAGGUCUGCUAUGUCAUUAUCAGUGUAGUAAUGUUGCAGAUACUUGUGAGGGAUAUAUUGCUAUGGUAACAGAAAAACAACACUAUGACAUCUAUGUGCUGUGCCUGAAGUAUGUUGUAUAACAUUGUUUUGUAUUGUAUAACACUAAUGAUGGCCCUAUUCCACUUUUGGUAUUUUGGUAAGCCAGUCAUAGACAUCCCAGAGCUCAGACAGUAGAUCUUUAGGGGUGAUUCAUAGAAAAUAAUGUUCAUAAAAAGUAUUUACAGCCCACUUAGACUGUCUUUUCCUUCUCAGUCCUUCACAUAUCUUUUAUAAGUCACCACCGACUCGGCAAACAGUAUUUUUUUGCCUCUGAAAGCCUGCUGCUAUUAAUGCUGAUGUUUGUAAUUGAACAUUUUUUCCAGUAAGGCUAAUUUGCAUAGAAAGUGAACUUUCUAACCAACUUUUUUCCCCAAACACUGCACAAUGGCUCAGGUAAACAUACAGAAACUUGCACUACACAACUUUAGCUGACGCAAAAGCCUCAGGCCCUUAAUUUUUUUAGUUGUCCUCCAACAUGUGAAUUACUGGAUGGUUUUGCCUCCUUCCUGUAAAAACUAACCAAAUAAACUCAGAGCAAUGUCUUUCUGUAUUUAUAACCCUUAGUCAUAUGCUGCAUAAUCAAACUCUUGUUUUUAAUGUUGCAACAGUACAAAACCAGGAAACUAAACCCCUAACUUAAGUUCAGCCAUGGUUAAAGUUCAUAAUUUUACAAAGGUGCACAAUAUUAUUGACAAGAUAUAAUAUUGGCAGAUAAUCACUUAAAAAGUGAAUUAUCCACAUCAGCAAAUAUAGGAAUUUCUGCCUGUAUUUACAACCUGUAUAUUGGCUAGAAAAUCAGCCUAUAUCUGCUGUGAAUAUUGGCUGUAUGAACAGAUAAGUUGGUGCCGCUUUAGCCUGGACUAACAGCUCUAUGUCAGUUGAAGUCUUUUUCUUUAUUCAUGAUUAUUCCUUACACCUUAGACUGUUUAAGGGCUGAAAUUUGUUUAUAUGAUCAUCCACAAACUUAUUUUGGUAUAUUGAAUAUUGGCAAAAAUCCAAUGUCGUGCAUCCCUAGAGUUUACCUGUGCCUGUGCUGCUGUGGUGUGUCAAAAUGUCCUGUGAAAGAUCUGUUCACCAGAUAAUCAGUUCAACUGGGUUUGCUGUUAGAAAUAACUCUGAUGAACAGCAGGAACGUUGAUAUCCAGCUCCAGUCUGUUAGUUGAAUAGUUUGGCCUUAAGUAUUUAAAUAAUAUUCAGAGUUUUGCUUUUUGUAUUCAUAGAAACUUUGGA